AAACACCCUCGUCAUCGCUCAAUAUUCAUCGGAAAAAGUUUUGUCUUCCUGUUGCACACUCAUCUCACACACACGACCAUGCAGUCGUUCCGGCAGUAUAAGCAACUCAGGCAGGCGGUCCAGAGGCAAUUGGAGAGAGAUUCAGACAAGGCCAAAGCCCUUGCUGCUUACACACAACAACAUGGACUGGACAAAUACGACGAAGCCCAAAUCUUCGGCGGGCAGCCUCUCGAGAAGAUCGAAACACCCAACCUAGACGAGGAAUUACAGGAGAAUCAGGAAGCACUCGACGCGAUAGUCGAAGACGAGAUGGAGGACUCUUAUCCUCAAGAAGACAACCAGAACGAGCUCAACAGAAUACACACCACCAGGAGUCAUCAUGCCGAUCUGACCAAGACCGAGAGCGAAAAUGCCGAUCUGUCCAGAACACCGACACACAGGACGCAUUACUCGGAACGAACAGCUCUAGGAUAUUCCAUGACCGGCAUCAACGCACGACUGAGAGCGACAAAUGAGAGCGAGAACGGCCAUGUUUUCGUGGUGGAAUGGGAAGGUGCUCAUGAUCCACUCAAGCCGCACAAUUGGUCGACGGCCAAGCGAAUGUGGGCAACAGUAGUUGUCUCUCUUGUGGCUGUUGCAGGUACAGCAGCGUCGUCAAUCGAUGCUGCAGUAUUACCCCAAUACGCAGAAUACUUCCACGUCAGUGAAGUCGCAGGAUCUUUGGCGACCGCCAUGUAUUUGAUUGGAUUUGCUGUCGGCUCGCAAUUUGCAGGACCUUUCUCAGAGACCUUUGGAAGAAACAUCAUCUACAUCGUGACCAUGUGUAUCUACAUGGCUUUCUUGCUUGGAUGUGCGCUAGCUCCCAACUUCGGUGGCCACAUCACAAUGCGUUUCCUGGCGGGCCUGUUCGGUUCGACGCCUCUGACAGUAGCUGGUGGCACAAUUGCCGAUCUCUGGAACCCUCUCGAAAAGACUUAUGGUUUCCCCGUCUAUGCUUUUAUCGGUUUCUCUGGACCUCUCUUCGGUCCUGUCAUUGGUUCUUACAUUGGUCCAAGUGGCAUGAGCUGGCGUUGGUGUGAAUGGCUCAUGCUGAUUCUCGGCGCAAUCGUCACCGCUAUCAUCAUUCUUGGCCAGCCCGAGACAUACGGACCUCUCCUUCUCUCCUGGAAGGCGCGUCAUUUCCGCGAGCAAACAGGUGAUGAUCGUUACAGGUCACCUUUGGAGGUGCGCCGCACUUCUCUCUGGACUCGUCUGAAGAUCGCAAUCUACCGACCAUUCGCCAUGAUCUGGACCGAGCCCAUCAUUCUGCUCAUGUCGCUCUAUCUCACUGUCAUCUACAUUGUGCUGUUCACUUUCUUCAUUGGCUUCGAGUUUGUCUUCACCAAUACCUACGGAAUCUCUCAGGGUAUCACCAACAUCAUCUGGGUGGCUGUAUUUGUCGGAUUCUUCCCUCUUGCAGGUACAUUGCCUCUGAUCUACUCCUGGACGGUCAAGGAUAUCAAGAAGCAGGAAGCAGCCGGAGUCGAGAACCCCGCUCCCACACCCGAGUCUCGACUUUACUUCGCCAUGCUCGGUGGAGCCUUUGCGGUUCCCAUCUCUCUGUUCUGGAUGGGCUGGACUGACUACGCUUCCAUUUCCAUCUGGUCUCCCAUCAUCGCCUCAGCCUUGUUCGGAUACGGCGUCAUCACCAUAUUCAUCUCGGCUUACAUGUACAUCAUUGACUCGUACGCCAUCUACGCUGCCAGCGCACUUUCAUUCGUCACUUUCACCCGCUAUCUUGCUGCUGGAGGUAUGACUGUGGUUGGUGUUCCAUGGUACCAAAACAUGGGUGUUCACUAUACCCUUACUAUCCUCGCUUGCAUCAGUUCUCUCAUGGUGCCCGUGCCAUAUGUCUUUUACAUCUAUGGCGCACGCAUCAGAACCAAGAGCGCUUAUGCUGUACACAAAGCUUGAGCACCCGAGACUCAGAUACCGAGCCCAACAAAAUUUCGCAUGGGACGACGUAGAGGCGGAUAUUAUGUUAUUGCUUUUUUGUCGUUACAUACAUUAUACCCAUAGACUUAGACCCGUUUUCGCACUGCCGCAUAAAUAGACACCGUUAAUCAUAUUGCUUUCCAUUUCCAAA